AUGGAGUCCCAAGGUCAAGGUUACCCCAGCUGGAACACAAGGGGCAGGCGUGCCACCAUCUUCCCCCAAAGAGAAGGGGCCAAGCCUUUGGGGCUCUCUGCACUCCCUGCUCAAGAUGAGGCUGACUUCCUGACACCCCAUGAAAGGAGGUACAGGCCUCCCUUGACCAAGAAGAGGGCCAUGUGUGACUUCAGGGUGAGGUGGCCAGAGAUAGUCUGUAGGGAGCAGGAGGCACAGAGAGAGGACCUACCACAACCCGGGCUGCAGCCCCUUGACAGGGUCCACAACCUAACCCCUUUCUCCUCAGGAGGCAGCAUCAGCCUCAAACAGCAGGCCAGCAGCCACAGCGAUUUCCAGGAUUCCCAAGGAUCCCCUGCCUACUUGAUGGAUGCCCUGUCAGGUCCUCCUCACCCUCACAUGAGGAUUCUCAAAAACUAUCUGAGGCCUGAACUGAUGACCCGACUGGAGAAGAGGGUGAGGAGGAGGACCCUGGUGGCCAUGAAACAGCUGAAUCAGGAGAUGGAAGCCGUUAGAUUCCGCAGGGCAGUGCUGCUGAAGGACACUAGGGAGCUGCAGGAUGAAAGAGCAUUCGAGGAAGCAGAAAACAAGCCCCUCCUGGAGUACCUGAAGGAGAGAAACGAGAGAGCCCAGGAGAAAUACGACUUCCUGUGGAAAGAUUACAUCCAGCAGAGUCAGGACAUCAAGGACAGGAGGAGAAAGCUGGUCUCUACCUUCACCUCCCAAACAGCCAACCUCCAGAAGCAGCUGGCACAGGGCAGGAAGAUGAAGGCUGGCUUGAGGAAGAAGCUGAAGGACCUGGAUCCCAUUGCACAGAUAAAGGAGACCCAGGACAGGGAGAUAGAGGCCUUAGAGCUGGAGAAAGCCAGAAUUAUAGCUGACUUGCCCUUCGUGGACCAAAAGGCACACUUCCAAUUCCUGAAGGAAAGGGCCGCCCUGGAGAAACAAGUGGAGGAGCUGAACCUACUGGAGUCAGGAGAGGACAUCACCAGGGAGCUGAAGAAGAAGGCCAAGGCCUUGGAGGUUAAGGCCAAAAAGGCUCACAAGAACUUGUGUCAUCAUGUCGACAUUGAGAAUAGGCUUCUGCGAACGAAGCUCCAGCAGCUGGAUGAGGAACUCUUUGAGCUGGAAGCCAGAAAGAAGAAGCUGGAGCAGAGAACACAACAGUGGAAGGAGCAGCAGUGGUACCUGGAGGCCCUGGCCCGGGGGAGGCAGCGCCUGCAGCAGCAGGAAUGCCGACCCCCCCAAACCACAGACUGCCCCCCACCCACCCCAGAGCCAUCUACUGGAUGCCAGGCUGAGAACCAAUCCUAA